GUAUAGUUAUAAGUAAGAUGUAAUUAUUCCUUACUCUCUUAUAAGCGAGUUAACUGUUUUCAGCAUUUAAAAUAUAUGUAAAUGUAAAAUUUUGAAAAAGAACUUUGAAGCAGCGUAAAUGAAAUUGAAAUAUCGUUCGAGAGUAUCGAAAUUUCAAACGAAUCGAGAAUCGAGAAAGGGCACAAUUGGUUUUUAAAAUAUGCGAGAAACAUGUCAAACAUUUAUGCAUGUGUAUCAAAGAGACUAGAAAUUAACAUAAAAUUAUAUUGUUAUCUUAAUGUGAUUUGCUGUUAUUUUUCACGUAUGUUGUAAUAGCUACGACAGAGAAUUAAGAAUAAGAAGUUGAGGUUGGAACUGCUGAUUUGAAAAAUCUAACCUAACUAUGAGUAAUAAGACUAAUAACGCAGGUAAAUGUGAGAUAGACCCUGUACAGGAACAGCUGACUGGUAGAGUACGGGAAGUUGGAAAUUAUGCGAUCUGGAGUUUGUCGAGUUGCAAACCGGGAUUCGGCGUGGAUCAGCUUCGGGAUGAUAUCACGGAAACCUAUUGGCAAUCAGAUGGACAGUUACCUCAUUUAGUAAAUAUACAAUUUAAAAGAAAAACAACCAUUCGUGACAUAUGCAUCUACACAGAUUACAAACUGGAUGAAAGUUAUACUCCCAACAGGAUAAGUAUCAGAGCAGGGACCAAUUUCAAUGAUCUACAAGAGGUGGAAGUGAUGGAUUUAAACGAACCAAGUGGUUGGAUAGUAAUUCCAAUUAAAAACAUAAACGAUCGUCCCAUUAGGACAUUCAUGAUUCAAAUAGCAGUCAUUAGCAAUCAUCAGAAUGGCAGAGAUACUCAUAUGAGACAAAUCAAGAUUCAUAGUCCUGCACAGGAUAUUCUUGGCCCACCAGCGCCGUAUAUUCCAGGACAGUUUCUCACCAAUGAGUUUUUACGCUAUGCCACUAUUAGAUAAGAUUUAUAAAUGAAAAAGAAUAAAAUUUUAUUA